AUGAGUCAAAUCCAACUUCUCUCCACCGUGCCCGCGGCUGGGGAACACAUGGCGCAUGCAAUCAGCACCUCAGAGGAGCGCUCGUUAGCCGAGCGCGAGCUCGUCUCCUGGGGCGGCUAUGGCCUUCAAAUCAGUCCUUGCCCCGAGGGAACUUCAUCUUGCGGAGAUAGUUGUUGUCCAAGUUCAUACAAGUGUUCAUCUGCUGGGAAUCACAAGGAUAAUUUCUCUCCCACUGAAGCGAUAUGUUGUCCUACUGAUGCGGAUUGCGCUGCAACUGUAAAGGUAGUACCUGCCUGCGCAGACUCAUCCUGGGGCCUCUAUCAUGCUAUUGCAGAGUUCUGUUGUCCGGUCGACUAUGUUGGUGUCUAUCCUGAGGGUGGCACCGGGUUGAUGUGUUUGUCGAGCAGUUUGCCGAUACCUUCGGAUAAGUUAGCAGGGAGCGUAAGACACCCAAAGACCUGUGUUCUUAUGAAUGAUGCAUGGCUGAUAUGUAUUCAGGUCAAGCAAAACACGAGCACAAAAGCUGCUGCCGCCACGCCUAGUCCUGGCUCGAAGACCACCAGCGCAAGCUCAGGCACUGUUACUUCUGGCGCGGUUACCUCUGACGCCGUGAGCUCAGACACAGCUACCUCCGAUCAAAAUUCUCAAUCUCCUACUGGAACAACAGGAAACUCUACCAAAUCUGGCGGCCUUUCGAAGAACGCCACAAUUGCCAUCGCCGUUCUCGCUACUGCCCUUGGGCUCCUGUCCAUCUUCAUCAUCGGAUACUGUCUGUGGAGAAGAAAAAGACGGUCGACCAGACAAUCACAAUCUUCAGCAGAUCCUCCAAAUACCCAAUCCACAAACGCUUAUGCUCAUUCUUCUACGACGGAAAAGAUCCCGGCUGCACAGCCAGCCACAGCGAAGCCUGGGGAAGUUCACGUCAAUGAGUUGUUGGGGAAGAAUGUUCUAUACCCACCUGGGACUACUGAGUUAGAGACUUCUCACCGAGCAGAGCUAUAUGAUACUGGUCGCGUGCAGUAGAUCGUUGUUCGAUCUUAUGCUUCUGUUGAGAAGCCGGAUGAGAUAUGUUUCUUUGGGGCGAGGAAUAUUGGGUGUCAGGCGCAAAGUGUGUAUUUCUCCUACUCUAAGGCAGGCGUUGAUACUACGCUCUGGUUGUAUUUUGGAUAGUUUCAGGAGUGGAGAAUAGUACUGGGCUCCGUGCGAGACUUGUGGAGACCGCAGCUCAUUGUUGUAGGAAGUAUACAUAUUCAAGAGAUCAUUGAUAUUGCAAAGUAAUGUACUAGUAU